AUGGAAGCUAGAACUACACUAAAGCGGAAUGAGACUACUCGAUGUGGUGUACAUAUAAGGGGAGCUUCACAACAAGAGUUGUGUCAACAACAUUUUUGUGCAUCACCAACAAUAAACUUUGUCAAUAGAAUGAGAUUGGGUGAUUACAAAAGAAAAAUGAACAUUCUUGGUUCUGGUAGUGGACAAUCCUAUCUUAGAUUUUAUUUGAACUAUAAGAAGAGUGCAAGACCUGAACGUAUGAUGUUCUACAAUCAUGGGGAAUGGGUGGACUAUCCUAAAGACAUUGUUGACUUGGUUAAGAAAGAUUUUGAAAUAAAAAAUGCAGCCAUUGGGAUAAGGUUAAAUGGUCGUGAUCUUAUGCUAGAUUUUUUACAUGCAUGUCAGAUGGACUUAAAAACUGGUUUCAUACAACCCAUUGCUUGGAUUGAUAAGGUCGGGGGAUACUUUUUCCCUGAAGUUGAUGUUGCUUCUGGUGAAGAAUCUUACAACUUUGGCGAGCAGGAGGGUAUGAAAUUCCAUGUUGAAAUUAAAAUGAACAUGGUUGAUGAAUUCCAGUUGAGGGAAUGUAUCGGUGAGUCCAAUGCUUUAGUUAAGGAUGCUCAAGUUAAAGUUAGAAAUAUGAUGAGCAUAAUGGAUUGUGGAUAUAUUGGUGAAGAAAUUGCGAAAAAUGAAGAGCUAGGUUUAAGUGCAUACACUGGAUAUGUACAUGGAAAUUUGGUUUUGGAUUCUAUACGGGAUUUGUUUUGUAAUGGAAUGAGUAUUAUUGGAAAUAAUGAUUUUGAGAUAGUUGAGAUAUAUCGGUGCUCAUGCGCAUCAAUGCAAGUGCAGUCGAAGCUAUUCCUAACGCAAGCUGAAAUUACAAAAGAGUUACAUGGGGAUGCUAAUGUUCGAUAUGCUUGGCUUUCUUUUUCUAAAGGAGAAUUAUCUACAAUGAUGGAGCAUGGACUUGGGCAUUGUGAACUAUUUACAACCAAAUGCACAUAUGGAGUUGGUGUCCAUCUUGCGGCUAUUAGCUGCCCUUAUGCCAGUGCACGUUAUUGUGAUAUUGAUGGAAAUGGUGUUCGACACUUGAUCCUUUGUCGUAUAAUAAUGGGCAAUAUGGAGCUUCUUUGUCCUAGCAUUGGCACCAGCAAUGUUCAGUUUCAACCCAGCAGCUCUGAGUAUGAUAAUGGGGUGGAUGACAUCCAAUGCCCAAGAUACUAUACAAUAUGGAAUAUGAAUAUAAGCACUUAUAUAUGUCCAGCAUUCGUUGUUAGUUUCAAGGUCUCUAGAGGUGUUGAAGGCUACUUUUGUGGAACUGUUGACAAGAAUAAUGUUUCUAGGGACAAUUCUUCAGGAGCCAAUUCAGACAGCCAUUGUUCUGGUGAUCCGGUACAAUCAGCCUCUUCAGCAUAUAAUGAAAUAGCAGGAAAUGGAGUUGCUUGCACCCAAAAAAUUCCGAAAUCUCCAUGGAUGCCUUUACAUAUGCUUAUUGCUGCUAUCAAUGACAAGGUUCCUCCCAAUGAUAUGAGUCUUAUCAAAGAAAAUUUUGAACUAUACAAGGCCAAGCAGAUUUCCCGUGAUGAUUUUGUGAAAGAGAUGAGGUUGAUAGUUGGAGACACUCUAUUGAGAGAUACAAUAACAACUCUUCAAUUCAUGAUACCGUCAAAUGGUGAAUUGACAAACACAAACUAG